AUGGUCGCCACCCAGCUUGUGGCCAACCCUGAGGCGGCCUCCCUCGCUGGUGGAGCCGUCUCCGCCUCUGCGAUCCGGGCAACGACCGCGGGCGCCGGCGAGAGGUCUUCGACUACCCCCCGCCCGGUGUCGUCGGUCCCCCUAGUCCCGCUUCCCACAGCUUCGACGGCCCGAGCUGCUUCGGCGGCCCCCUCUGCUUCGGUGGCCCCCGCUGCUCCGGCAGCCCCCCCUGCUUCGGCAGCCCCCGCUGUUUCGGCAGCCCCCGCCGCUUCGGCGGCACCCGCAGCUUCGGCGGCACCCCCAACCUCGUCGGCACCCCCGCAGCGCCCUCGUUGGGUUUGUUCAAUCAACCCUGUGGGACUGCAUGACCGACGACCAGCGGCUGUUGGCCCUGUCCCCCCGGGUUCGCCAGGCCUCGACCGCGAAGCGGUUCUUCGGGACGGCAACGCUCGGCUUGACGCCGAGUUCACCAAGGCGACCGCGGCACGACACGCACAAAUCGCAAUGUACCGUGCGCGCCGGGCCACCAACGCCGACGCCAUCCUCGAGUACGCCCACCUUAAGCAAGCGCAAGAACGAGAGGAGGCCCUGCUGGCAGCCCAGCUCGUCGAGGAUCGCCGCCACCAGCAUGCCUUGGUCGCUGAACAGGCUCGCGCUGACCAACAGCGCGAACACGAUCUUCGGGUCCGGGCGGGGCGCUCCGUGCCGGGACCGGCCCCUGCUGCUGCUCCUGCCCCGUCGGCGCCAAAGGCUCGGACGUACGCUGCUGCCGCCUCCAGCCCUGUGACGCGGUCUUUAUCACGGUCGCGCUUCGUCACCUUCGAGGCCGGGGACACCAGGUUUGCCCAAGCCAGGUUGUCGGACGUUGUAAAAUACGCCCAGGUCAGCUACCAGGUCGAGGAUCGCAAGGCUGUCAUGGACUUGGCGGCUGGCGUGUCCACCGCCCUGCCGUUGGCUGCCUCAAUACAGGACGCCGCGAUGCGGCCAACGGGUCUCGGCCCGACCUCCACGAUGUGGUUUGCCCAAGCCAGGUUGUCGGACGUUGUAAAAUACGCCCAGGUCAGCUACCAGGUCGAGGAUCGCAAGGCUGUCAUGGACUUGGCGGCUGGCGUGUCCACCGCCCUGCCGUUGGCUGCCUCAAUACAGGACGCCGCGAUGCGGCCAACGGGUCUCGGCCCGACCUCCACGAUGUGGCCAAGCGCCACACGAGCGGGACUCGUGGCAAGGGAGGCGGAUCGGGCUCUGGUUCAGACAGGAGUCUCACCCGGAAGCACGGUGCUCGGAAGGGUCCUUCUUCCAGGCAAGUCGUCUCGUCCCUUAUGGAUGCUACUUUGAGUGAUCGUUUUCUUUUACAUGAUGUUUUUUCACAGGCUUCGCCCCCCCCCCUUGACUUCGGUUGUUGGUACGGUUUCGGCCCCCCCUCUUUCCUCGGACUCAGGGCGUUUGCGCCGUGUUGCGUUUUCGGACCUUCACCCGCCUUUAGGCUCCCCUGUCUCUUCGGAAUCACUUGCACCUGCUGUCCGUUCUGCCGCGUUCAAUGCUGUAGACUCCGGACAUGUACGUCGCGUUGAGUAUUCGAACUCACCACCGGUUUCGACCACCCCUGUUUCUUUGGAAACCUCUGCACCCCGUAGCCUUUCUACCGCUCGCCAUGCCGUAGAUCCACGAAUAAUGCAGAACUCUGGGUUUUCGAACCUCAGCCCCCCUUCGGCGUUUGAUCCACCAGUGCCUGGUGUUUUGCGUAGCAUGUUGUCUUCAGACCAUGCCCCUACAGCUGCUUCGGUAGCCGUCGCCGCACCCCCCGCUGUCUCCGAUGAUCGUGCCUUGCCACCUUCUUCUAACACAGCACACACUCGUCAAGCAUCGAUCGAUGCGACUGAUGCAGCUGCUCGUAAUGCUCAUGUAGCUACCGUUCAACGAGCGUACAUCAUCCUCAACUUGAAAAAGUUGAGAAUGUCGCUACCAUGCCCUUCCCCGCUACUCUGUUGCCGGGAGAUGGCUAUCAGCAGCUUAUUCGCACAACAAGAACGGCUUCGUCCGAUAUUUUGCUGUUGUGUGAUGAGCAGAGUGAAGGUUUGACAGGCGCCAAUUUUGUGCGUGGAUGGGAACGUCCUCUCGAAAAAAACUCUUGAGUGCGAUCACCCCCGACAAGCCCUCUACCGCCGAUCUCGUCCUUGCCGUUACUUAUUUCUUUCAGCACGUGAAACGGAGCUU